UUUUCAGUCAAAUCAGGCUUUCCGAAUGGAGUCAGAGUCGAGUGUUUCCAAGUAUUCGAUCGGAAUAUGCCUGGCACGAAAGCACUGCUCCUCCUCCUGCUACUGCUGCGUGCGUUCCCUCGACUGGAGAGCUUCCACUACCGACCCGCCGAAACGAAUGCCAAGCAGUGCCUGUCCGGAUUGUACGGCGAUGCCAGCAUCGAUGGGUCUGGAGAGGCGGCCGGAAACGGAGGCGGAUCCGCAGGCUGUUCGGAAGCAGUUGCGAAGAAAGCGAUUGGCGGCUGCAGCGGUGGUAGCGGCGCCUUUGGUCGCGGUGAUCCCAAGCAAAAGGCAUCAAACAUUGCCCAGAAAGCCGCUCAGGAAGCCAAGGCAGCCAGCGAUUCCCAGAUGGCAGCUGCCGAGGCGGCUGCAUCCCAGGUCAAAUCCGAACUGGCCGCCAAGGCAGCUCAAUCCGCUCGAGCGGCGGAGGCUGCGCUGGCCGGAAAACAGCAGAUUGUCGAGCAGCUGCAGCAGGAGAUGACCGAGGCGGAUGCGGUUGUCACUGAGGUUACCUCGUCCCUACAAAACACACAGGCGAAUGCCAAUGCAGCCGCAUCGGCUGCCCACGAGGCCCAAACGCAGCUCAAUCAGCUGAAGAGCCUGGUGAUGGCCGCCACGGCCAAUAUGGCCAAUAUCGAGAACGUGGCAAGUGGCGCACAGCAGGAGCUGGCCGAGAAGACACAGCUCCUGGAGGCGGCCAAGCAUCGGGUGGAGAAUCUCACCCGCCAGAUGACCGAGGCCAAGACGGACUUCGAGAAGACCAAGCAGGCGGCCUACAAGGCGGCCUGUGCUGCAGUGGAGGCCAAGCAGAAGGCACAAAGGGCUCGUCGGAUGACCCACCGCCAGCAGGUGCGAUGGGGUCCACGCAAGUUGGCCGGAAAGUUUUCCGGCGGGGGCAGCCAAAACCUAGAACCGAUUUCAGGGAUUAAUUGAUCUUUACUAUAUUUUGUUAUGUUUCGAUUUGGGUUUUAUUAGUUUCCUAUUAAAGAUGAGGAAUUUAUAUCUA